UGUGUGCUGGUUCAUGUAAACCAAUGACUGUAAAGGAGGUGGUAUUAUCUCCCCAGAAAGGCGGGACCAAAAUAAUAACAUAUAUAUUCUCCACUUUUUUUGGUGGACGAGCUGCAAAUAAUUUCCCCUUGCACACUGAACCUGUAACUUAGCUUGCCUGCUGAGAUGUCCACAGGUGCUUGUUGCUCCACGCAGGAUGAGCUGGUUUGCAUCAGCGGUGCACGGAAUGCGUGCCAGUUUCACGCGGUGCCAAGCAUGCGUUCUAACAGCGGCACGCGACGGAAGAGACAGUUCACGCCUGAUGAGCAGAAAGACGGUAAUUACUGGCUCAAGCGGACGCGUAAUAACGAAGCUGCGAAGAGGUCUCGCCAGCGCAAGAGGAUGGAGGAGCAUCUUCUGGAGUCGCGCGCCGUCGAGCUUCAACGAGAGAAUGACAAAUUAAAGGCUGUGCUCUCUACAGUUCAUCACAGCACUGCUCAAAAUAACCCAUGCAUGCAUGCUGCUUUCGGGUUCCCCCUCGGACUGCCAAAUGACGGUCAUCUGCGCAGUUUACCCGUUCCUACAACUGUGUUACCACUGCGCAGUCUGCCUCAUUGUCCAUUUUCUGAUUGCUGCGCAUCAACGUGUCCUCAAACAAAUCAUUUUAGCUCGGUUUUCGAUUUGGUAUCAUAUCCUGUGCUGAAAAACGUUGCCGCUUCUAAUACUACGAAACCCGCGCGCAUCAAUGUAUUGGACAGUUAUCAUCCAAUGGGCAGGUACAGUCUACUGAACACAUGCGCCAGCGGAGCUUAUCAGAGGAGUAGAGGUUCUGCGAAUGGAAAUGCCUCUGCUGAGAUGAUGCACGGGCUGCCGGACUAUAGAAAGACGUUGGUAAACCGGUCUCGUGUUCCUCGCUGUUACAGAGCGUCGUCCUCUGAAAUGGCACCGGAUUGCGCGCGGCAGCCUGGACCGAUCGGAGCCGCGCGUGAAGGCGUAAUGCAAGCAGACGCGGCAGAACUAACAUGCCAACAACAAGCGACCACGCCGCCGGUUCUGCUUCCACACAAACUGCGCUACAAAGGUGGAAACGCGAGGUUUGCAUCCGCGAGCUUUCCAUCGUGAUGGAAGCCGCGCGAGACAGACCAUGCGCUAAUAUUAUCAUACAGAGGCGUUACUGGCUGUCACAAAAAGAUUGUCAUUUUUAUUGCAUUUGUUUAAUUGCUAAAUCACUUACAUUGCACUGUGAAUCUUUAGUUGUAAUACCUCUUAAAUAAAAGGUAUUGUUUCUGCACAA